GCCGGUAAUUAGUGGAGGAUGAGCAGGGGGGGCUCCGCCAAAGAAGGGAUGAGGGGAGGGAGAGGACAAGGAAACCUUCUGCGGCAGAGGAAAGCCAGCUCGGACUGAUUUGACAAACAUCUCUGCCGGCAUCCUCGGUGCUCGCACAUCGCUGCGACUCCCACCUCAGCCACCCCUCAGGUUGUUUGGUGACUUGGUGAUGCAGGGUGGAGCUGUGCGCACGGACUGCCGGCAGGAAUACAUCUCGGUCUAAAUGCGUCUUGAAGACCUCCGUCAUCACCGGCUCGGUCCCCCGCUCUCUUCUGUAGAAGGCGCCGAACGCAGCGGGGGAAGUGGCUGUGGAUGAGAGAACCCGAGGGAGAGGCACGCACCUGUGACUGGAGGAGCAGGGUUGGUGUGACUUCCCGCUGCGGGGCACGCAGCCCCUCAACACCCGGCGUCGUCACCACCACCGCUCCAAACGGAGAGGGACGGAGCCCACCGAUGUGUCCGGCGGCCCCUGAUGCUCGGCAGAGCUCCGCGGCUUUCUGCUCGCUGGGAGAGGCUCGAGAGGCUCGAGCCGCGCGCUAGGAUGCUGCGCCAGGUGUUGCACGCGGGCCUGAGGACCUCCUUCCACGCGCUUGGCCGGUUCGUCGCCGGCCACCCGGUGUUCUUCGCCUCGGCGCCCGUGCUCCUCUCCAUCCUGCUGGGCGCCAGCUUCAGCCGGUACCGCGUGGAGGAGGACGUGGAGAGCCUGCUGGCGCCCAAGCACAGCCUGGCCAAGAUCGAGGGGAACCUGGUGGGCAGCCUGUUCCCCGUCAACCGCUCCAAGCACGCGCUCUAUUCCGACCUGCAGACGCCGGGUCGCUACGGGCGCGUGAUUGUCACCACCCGGAAGGGGAGCGUGCUGGACCCGGUUCACCUGGACACCAUACUAAAGCUCCAUAGGCAGAUCUACCAGAUGCAGGUGACGGUUCCAGCCACGGGCCUCAACAGCUUCAACUACUCCUUCUCCUACCUCUGUCUCCCCGACGACAAGAACAUCUGCAUCAUCGAUGACAUCAUCCGCGCCAUGGAGGAGAUCCAGUCGGCUCGCGCCUCUAACCGCUCCGUCCCGGUCCUGCGGUACCCGAUAACGCAGCUUGCAGACGGGCGGCAGGCGUACAUCGGCCACCAGCUUGGCGGUGUGCAGGGCUGGGGUCCCAGCGGGACAGUGCGAGCUCAGGGGACAGGAGCCAGGGGUGAAGGUGUCCGUUCCGCCAGGGCAUUGCAGCUCACCUAUUACCUUCAAGCCAGAGGUGGCCCGAUGGACAGGGUGGCCAUUCAGUGGGAGAAGGCCUUCUGUGCCGAGCUGCAACACUUUGCAGCGCUCCACCCAAAGCUGGUACUGUACCCUUCCACCUCUUCAUCCCUGAGGACAGACUUCCAGUUCUCUUCUGUGCUGGCGCGUCGCCCCCUGUUGGCCAGCUUGGGAGUGUGUGGCGUGCUGGCCAUCCUCUGCUGUUCUAUGAGGGACUGUGUAAGGUCCAAACCUUGGCUGGGACUGCUCGCUCUGCUGUCAAUCACACUAUCGGGCCUCACUGCUGCUGGGAUUCUCAACCUGACCGGGGCCACCUACAACUCCACAUACUUGGGCAUCCCAUUCGUCAUGCUCGGUCACGGUCUCUUUGGAUCCUUUGAGAUGCUGUCAUCAUGGAGGCGAACCCGGGAGGACCAGCAUGUGAAGGAGCGCGUGGCGAGCGUCUUCGAGGACGUCAUGCUGCGUUUCUCCGGCUCCACCAUGCUCCACCUGAUGACCCUGGGCCUGGCCGCCUCACCGCUCACCAACAUGGAGGCUGUCCGGCUGUUCUGCCGCACCGCCGCCCUGGCCGUCACCGUCAGCUACGUUUAUAUUUUGUCCUUCUACAGUUCCUGCCUGGUGUUUACGGGCUACUUGGAGACCGGUUAUAGGCACGGCUGCUUCUGCCGGCGGGUCCCCAAACCGGACCGCCUGGACUCUAAACCUGCUUGGUACAGGUGUUUAAUGUACACUCGCUACCAGGAUGAGGCCCAGACAACCAACCCGCCACACGGGGUCUCCCACGCUCACACGCUUAAUCCUAACCUUACUCACACGCACCCGCAUACCACGAACAAUUCCGAUGUCCACGCACACGUGGCUAACUCCGUACACACACACCCGCACCCUCUCACACAUUCAAGCACGGCAAGCACUGACCCCCAACCUCAGGAUUCGCACCUUUUGCUGGGGUGUGUGCGCCGCUGCUAUGGAGACUGGAUCACUAAUACUUAUGUCAAACCCUUUGUGGUUCUACUAUAUCUGGUUUACAUCUCCUUUGGACUGAUGGGCUUCCUUCAGGUGACCCAGGGUUCUGACCCGAGUGCACUGGUUGCCAUGGAUACAGCGACGGUGCUGUACACCCGUGCCCAGCAGCGUUACUUCAGCUCAUACUCGCCCGUGAUCGGGUUCUACAUCUACGAGAGCGCCCCCUACUGGAACGCCUCGGUGCAGCGGGACCUGCUCGAAUACGCCAAAGGCUUCCAGAGAAUCAGCUGGCUGGAGGCCUACCUGAACUACCUGGCGGACCGCAACCAGUCCACGAGCCAGCCUCGGGAAAACUUCACCCGCACGCUCCGCCACUCCUUCCUCCGCGAGCCGCAGUUCGCCCACUUUGCGGACGACAUCAUAUUCGCCGAGCGUGGCCAGGGCGAGGAGCCCGAUUUGGCGGCCUCACGCAUCUUCCUGGUCGCCAAGACGACGGAGAACAAGCGCGAGGAGAUGUCGGUGCUGCUGGACACGCUGCGGCGGCUGUCGCUGACCUCGCGCGUUCGCUUCCUCAUCUUCAACCCCUCCUUUGUCUACCUGGACCGCUACGCUGCGGCGGUCAGCUCCCCCCUCAGACACUCACUGCUGGCGGUGCUCUUCCUGUUGGGUCUGUCCUCCCUGGCCGUCAUGGAGCCGCUGGUGUCCGUGUGGCUGGGCCUUACCCUGCUCUCCGUCCAAUUCGGAGUGUUGGGCUUUAUGACUUUGUGGGGUGUGGAGCUGGACUGCAUGUCUGUGUUGUGUCUAAUAUCAGCUUUGGGGCAUUCGGCAGACUGUAGCGGCCCCCUCCUCUGCGGUUUCGCCUCAGGUCGGGGUGAAAGCAGGACUCGCUGGGUGAGAGUGGCGCUGGAGAGACACGGGGUUCCCUCCCUACAGGCUCUCAUCUGCUACAGCGCCGCGCUGGUGCCCGUCGGCUCCGUGCGCUCCAACCUCACACACACACUGUUUCGAUGCCUCACCCUCACGGCCGGCUGCUCGGCCCUGCACACGCUGGCCUUCCUGCCCACUCUCCUCACCUUCCUGCCCCCCUCCAAGAGCCGGGGCCACCGGCCCGGAGGGGAGGGCCAGAGACAGGAGGUGGAGUGCGUCGAAAUGAACGACAGCACCAGAGUGGUCGACCAGAUCACCACUGUCUGAGUAUGGGAUGAUGCUGUUUUCUCAGCUCCCUGCGUUUCCAUAGCGACUGCCGGCUGGGAAUUGGCUCAUUGUAGUCCGAGCAGCCGCCGAGCGUGCUGCCCACAAGAAUGCUUACACUUUGGAAGACAGGAAAGAAAUGGCAAGAAAAGAAAGGAAGAAAAGUAAGAGUGAAAGAUUAAGAGAGAACAGAUUCAAACAUGUAGAGGAGAGCGGGAGGCUAAUGAUGACAAGGAGAGAGAGAGAUGCAGGUUUCCAAUGCAGUGUAUCCAUGGUUACCUGGUUGUUGCUAGUGCUGUGCGGCAUGUGAAUGAGGCUUAUUCCCAGUCAGAAAUUAGGGAUCAGCCCAGUUGCGAUUUUACCCAAGAGGAAGUGCCACACUUUUCACGUUUCCAAAACCUGCUUAUGAUCCAAUCACAUUACCUGGCUAAUGCUAUCUGUUUGUCAUAUCAAGUCGCACAAAUACAGCUACAGUGACAUGAGGCAAUCAUCUGUAUGACUCUACUUUAUUAUUAUUAUUAUUUCUACUUUAAUGCUGGACGAAUAAAGUCAAAAUAAGGAAA